AUGUCAUUAAUAACAGUAACUAAUUUUUCAUCAGAAUUGGCCCAUAACAUGGACGGUGAGGCAGUAGUAGAGCAGUUGAACAACUCUCAGAGCAGAAUGGAGAGCGGGUUAGUCUACGAGCCAAUGGAAACAUCUGAGCCAGAAGCUGGAGAAAUACCAGGGGAUAGUGACCCGCUUUCAAUGGAUCCUUCAACAAUCGACACCGACGGUGAUACUUUUCCAAUGAACAUCGAGGUCCCGUUUGUAGAAAACGACAAUAGCAUAGGAAAUAUAUCAAACACAUUAACAAUAAUUGACGGAGAUGGAUCAGCAGACGUCCAUCUUGCCCAGGUGAUGUCUUUAGCUUCGAGUUCCCUCGAGUACGCUUCAGUUUCCGAGUACCGAGAGGCGGAAAAUCCAAGAAUCAAGUGUCUACUGGGCCAACAUCAUCUCACCAGGACCGAGCCAAAGCCUUGUCCUAGUUCAAGCUCUAACUCUAUUUUAUUUUCUUCAGAAGCUCAAAGAGUACCUGAAGUAGAGCCUAGUCAGUUAAGUAAUUCUAAUAAUAAAAAUGAGUUCAAUAAGAGAGCUGAAACUUGGCGGUCUCAGGACGAUGAGCUUGAUUUUAAGACCCCAGUACCCUCUUAUGGGACUCCUGUAAAUCCAAAGACAAUUAAACGAGCCGGACCCUACAUUCUGGGGCCACUUAUUGGAACUUCGCCGGUUAGAAGUAUUGUUCAAUGUCUCGCUAGGAAAGUCAGGACUGAUAAGUACUAUACUAUUAAAAUACUUACUCUUAAAAACGAAGGCGAAGAUGAAACCCAGGAUGAUCGUCAAGGAAAAAUGCUUCUGCAUGCUGAAUAUUCUCUACUGAGCUUAUUGCAAAAUCAAGAUGGUGUUAUUCAUCAUCACGGAUUUUUUAAGGAAGAGCAAGUAGUGCCAGACAUCAGCGACCUCAAGGACGACCCGGUUGAAAAAAAAACCGAAGUAGUGGAGAAGUCAAAGCUCCGCUCCUCGGAUCUUUUCAAGCAGAUAAACUUCCGUGAGCAGAUGCUUCAGCUGAUGAACCAGUCCCAGAGUCUUUUGGUGCCUCGAGCUCGCUCUUACACUCAGAUUCCAGUCCAUCGAGUUAACUCAGACCCUCGGGAGCUUACUCCAGCAGAAUUGGAGAUGUACCGGCAUUUUAUUCCCAAUGACCAGCGUCAACAUGGCUCCCACGGUUCCAGUCGCCGGGAUAAUGUUAUUAGAGCUCGUGCUGCUACUAGGUAUCGACCUGCGCAUCCUCGUCAAAAUCAGCCUCCGCCUCAGAAUCAACCUCAAACUACUCAACAAAAUCCUGAAAAUCUAACAGCGCUGAACAGUCAUUCUAACGCAAAUCGUUCCUUGAAUUGGUGGUACCCUCAAAUGUCAACAUCUAGGACAAAUCAACAGCUGCCGCGAGCUGGUACUGAGUCAAGUGGUAGUAAUAAUAAUUCUACGCUACGGAGUUCUCCAAUGGUGCUUGGAGUUCCAUUAGGAGGAGUGGGAUCACAGAGUGAGUCUAUGAUUCUGAGACCGCCUUAUCGCGAACGCGAACCUGAUCAUCUUUCGAGUUCCAACUCUGUAAAUGUUGGGACUCAGAAUGAUAAUCAGAGCUCGGCUUCGAGCAACAGAUAUGAUCAUGCUAGAAUGUCGAUGGCUAUUAGAGCUUCCUUGAUGCGACGAAGUCAAAGAAAUGGUGGUGGUGAGCAAACUCGCUCGGUUGCUGGUAAUGUUAAUCGGUCUGUUCCUGGUAAUGGAGAAGAGACUGUUAGAGGCAGUCAUAAUCAGAAUCAGAGUCAUAGUCACAGUCGGUUUCGCGAAGCGAUUGUUAAUCAAAUUGUCUCGAUCAGAGCUAGGAUCCAGCAACACAGGAUCAAUAAUAUUGAACGGCAAAUUGAAAGUGUCAGGAAUGGGAUUCUAGCUAACUCUAGAAAUGGUGGAAGUAGAUAUUCUGUUGCUAGACGGAACUACAUGGCCCACUCAAGGCAUCUGCCUUAUAUGACCAAUUUGAGAUAUUUGUCGACUAUUCGCAAUAUCUCUAAUGAUAUUUCGAGGACCAGGGCUGAAAAUAGUGAAGCUAAUUUGGAUUCUGUGAUACAUAAUAAUAAUAAUACUAAUAAUAAUAGUAAUAAUGAUAAUAGCGUAAGUGAAAGAAGAAAUUUAAAUUCUAGAACUGGAAGUAAUAAUGAUAGAAAUAUGGGGUCUAACUUUGCAGACGCUUUACAGCAAAUAGCUACCCGGCUUGGCCAAUCUCUCCAGUCAAGGGAGUCUAAUGAAAUUGGUAGGGAGUCUCGGUUAACUCAGCAUAAUUCUAGUGAGUCUAUGCGUGAACAGAAUAAUUGA